UACCACUGCAAAGGUAAAGCAUUUAAUAGUCACAUGAUGGAACUGUUCUAGGAUAUGCAGUUGGAGUACAGAGGUUGGAGAAGGAGUAGGGGAUAAGUUCACAUAUUUUUCAUUUUGAGGAACAGAACUUAAAGUUGGAGAUGGGAUUCUAAUGUGAAAUUGGAGGACUACUUUUAUUCUGGCAUUGCUGUAAUUUGUAGUCUUUGAUCAACAACUCAUGAAGCGUUAUAUAUGCUGAAAAUGCAAAGGUAUAUUCUGAGAGAAAGAUUAUAGUGGUAGAAAUGGGCUUGGGGUCCAAGUUUAUAUAUAUAACUCCCUGUUUAUGUGGGUUCUCUUGUUUGUAAACUUUCUAAACAACUGUCACCAUCACUCUUUUCUCAGUGUUUCCUUUUCUUUCCCUGCAGAUUUACCAUCACCUCCAGAGAAGCUCAUUGCUGGGGUUCUGGGAAUCAUCUGCCUUGUUUUGAUGUCCAGUGUGGUAACAAUGAUAGUUUUUACGCCCUCUACUGCAAUACGGGAGCAGAAUAACUCCUCUCCGAUAAAAAGGCUCCAGAAAGAUAAUAAUUCACAAUCUUCAGAAUGUCAUUCUGGUCAUUGUCCAAAACAGUGGUUUACAUGUUCCAACAAUUGCUAUUGUAUUCAUUUGGAAAAAAAAACAUGGAAUGAGAGUGUGACGGCCUGUGCUGCUAGGAACUCUACUCUGCUUUAUAUAGAUAAUGAAGAAGAAAUGAAAUUCCUGAUGUCCCUAUCAAUUAUGUCAUGGAUUUCAGUCUUUCGUAAAGGCCGUGAUCAUCCAUGGAUGUGGCUAAAUGGUUCAACUUACAAACUACAUAUAACAGACCGAUCACCUGAUGAACGUAACUGUGCUCUGCUGUAUAAACAUGGCAUUAAAUCAGACAGUUGUGAGCGUCCACAUACAUAUAAUUGCAAGGAUCAGCUUUAGAAAAUGUGAG